AUGGCCGUGCCAGCCGCGCUGCUCAGCCCCCACCACCUCCUCUCCUUCUGCUUCCCCGCCGCCGGCGGCCUCCUGGGCUAUGCCGACCUGGAGAAGGGCUACGAGGGCGGCGGGGGCGAGGCGGGGGACUAUAAGGAAGCCACCAGGGACCUGCUGAGCUUCAUCGACUCGGCCUCCAGCAACAUCAAGCUGGCGCUGGACAAGCCGGUGAAGUCCAAGCGGAAGGUGAACCACAGGAAGUACCUGCAGAAGCAGAUCAAGCGCUGCACCGGCAUCAUCGCCGCCGCCCCGCCGCCGCCGCCCGCUCCGCCGCCGCCCGCCGCCGCCGCCUCCUCCUCCCCGCCCGCCGCCUGCCCCGCCAAGCCCCCGCCGCGCCGGGAGGCCUCGCAGGCGGCCAGCAGCCUCCAGAGCAAGAGCCUAGCGGCCCUCUUCGGCUCCCUGCAGCAGGGCCGGGGGGCGGCGGGCGGCGGCGGAGAGGCGGCGGGCGGCGGGGCGACGGGCGGCGGUGGCGGGGCGGCGGGCGGCCCGCGGAAAGUGCCGCUGCGGGACCGCAACCUGCCGCCCUCCUUCUUCACGGAGCCGGCGCUGCCCGCCGCCGCCCGCGGGCCGCCGCCGGGCGCCAAGGAGCUGGAGAAGGGCGGCGCGGAGGCGACCGAGUUCUUCGAGCUGCUGGGCCCCGAGUACGGCGCGCUGCUGCCCGAGCACGCCGCUCCGCCGGACGCCUUCCCCGGCGGCGGCACCGCCGCCCGCCUGCCCGCCGAGCUGGGCCUGGAGCACGGCCUCUACGAAGCGCCGCUGCCGCUGCCCGCCGCCCACCACCCGCUGCUGGGCGGGCUGCUCUACCCGGAGCCGCCCUGGAGCCCCGCCGGGCCCUGCAGCCCCCACAAGAAGGCGCCGGCCGAGGCGCUGCGCCCGCUCUACCCCGGCGGCGGGGAGCCGGCCCCGGCGGCGGCGGCGUUCGCCCCCUUCUUCCCCGAGUGCCCGCUGCCCCCGCCGCAGGUGCCCUACGACUACAGCGCCGGCUACCACCGCGCCGCUUACCCCGGCCUGUAGGGCAGCGCCGGAGGGCUCGGCCCCUCGCCCCGCUCCGCCUGGGACGACCACAUG